GUAUUCCUGCAGCCUCAGGCUACGCUGCGUGAACUGGUCAGGUGUAUAUAGAGACGACACCAGCAUCUUCAGCACCAUAACUACAACAACCGCAUCUUUUGCUCUUUCUCGUCCCGCAGUGCGAGAGUACAGCAGACAGAAGGAUGGCCAAGACAGCAGCAACAGCAGCGUGGUGCCUGGUGGUGCUGGCGGCAGUGGCAGCGCUGGUAGCAGCUGAGCCUGAUCCCGGCCACCACAGAAGACAGCCCUACUAUCAGCGGCCAAGCUACUACAAUCAGAGGCGCCCACAUGGCUCCACCCACACUGUAGGACUCGGCGGCCAUGCUUCCCACGGCCUUGCCUCGGUCAGCCACUCUGUUGGCCACCUGCACGGCGCCACUCACGGUGUCAUCGGAGGCCACGUCUCUGUCGGGCAUUCCAAGGGCGCCACUCAUGGAGUGCACGGCGGCCACGCCUCUGUCAGCCACUUGAAGGGCACUACACACGGAGUGCACGGCGCCCAUGCCACCCUCAGUCACUCUAAGGGAGUUACCCAUGGUGUGCAUGGCGGCCAUGCCACCUUCGGUCACUCGAAGGGCGCCAUUCACGGUGUGCACGGCGGUCACGGCAAGAAGUACUACCACUAGCACCAGUCACCCUUUAUGCUGCCUCACCAACACACACACACACACACACACACACACACACACACACACACACACACACACACACACACACACACACACACACACACGCAAGCAGUGUAUGACUUGCUCAAUGCUUAGACUUAUACAAUGAAUAUACUGUAAUUUUUAUUUUCUAAGUAACUAUUGACAUAUUUUUGUAAUAAAACGAUUUUAUGUAUUU